UGAAAAAUCUAGGGCCGAUUCAUUUUUCUUGACCCGAUCGUUUCUGAUUCCGGUACUCUCUUCCCCUCACUCCCUGCGUGCGUUGUGCGACUCAAUUCAUACUCCACCGAUUUCGAAUUUCGAUCUCUAUAUCAUAUUAUUACAAUAACAAACACAAUGAGAGGAUUGUUAAACAAGCUAGUCUCCCGCUCUCUCUCCGUCGCCGGAAAAUGCCAGCAGCAGCAAGUCCGCCGUCUCAACAUCCACGAGUAUCAGGGAGCUGAUUUGAUGAGUAAAUAUGGAGUAAAUGUGCCGAAAGGAAUUGCGGCUGGUUCUGUUGAGGAGAUCAGGAAAGCAAUUCAAGAUGUUUUUCCUAAUGAAACUGAGUUGGUGGUUAAGAGCCAAAUUUUGGCUGGUGGACGAGGCUUAGGGAAAUUUAAGAAUGGCUUUGAAGGUGGUGUUCAUAUUGUUAAAGCUGACAAGGCUGAAGAAACUGCUGGCAAAAUGCUUGGUGAGAUCCUUGUUACCAAGCAAAGUGGCCCUCAAGGAAAAGUUGUCAGCAAGGUUUAUAUUUGUGAAAAGCUGUCACUUGUCAAUGAGAUGUACUUCGCUAUUUUGCUGGAUCGUCAAACUGCCGGCCCACUUAUCAUUGCCUGUAAAAAGGGAGGAACCAGUAUUGAAGACCUUGCGGAGAAGUUCCCUGACUUGAUUGUAAAGGUACCUAUCGAUGUGUUUAAAGGAAUUACUGACGAAGAUGCCGCAAAAGUUGUUGAUGGUUUAGCUCCAAAGGUGGCUGAUAGAAACGAUUCAAUUGAGCAAGUGAAGAAAUUGUAUAAGCUUUUUUGCGACUGUGAUUGCACAUUGUUGGAAAUCAAUCCCAUGGCGGAGACUUCUGAUAACCUGUUGGUAGCUGCUGAUGCUAAGUUGAACUUUGAUGAUAAUGCUGCUUAUCGCCAAAAGGAGCUCUUUACUCUCCGUGACCCAACACAGGAGGAUCCUAGAGAGGUGGCUGCUGCCAAGGCGGAUUUGAAUUAUAUUGGCUUAGAUGGAGAAAUUGGUUGCAUGGUAAAUGGUGCUGGAUUGGCAAUGUCUACAAUGGAUAUAAUUAAGUUGCAUGGAGGAACUCCUGCUAAUUUCUUAGAUGUUGGUGGGAGUGCUUCUGAAGGCCAGGUGGUUGAGGCGUUUAAGAUAUUGACUUCUGAUGACAAGGUGAAAGCAAUUUUAGUGAACAUAUUUGGAGGAAUAAUGAAAUGUGACGUGAUAGCCAGCGGAAUUGUUAAUGCAGCCAAACAUGUUGAUCUUAAAGUACCAGUGGUGGUUCGUCUGGAGGGCACUAAUGUAGACCAAGGAAAGAGAAUCCUUAAGGAAAGUGGUAUGGCGUUGAUCACAGCAGAAGACUUAGAUGAUGCUGCCGAAAAAGCAGUAAAAGCAGCGUCCGGUUGAUAAAUGUUCUUCACCAUUGGCUUGUCGUUUUCAGAACUCAGCCUAACGGAUUUUGACGAUUCAAAUGUAUUCAAUCUUGAUAAUAACACAACAGAAAUGAGGGAAUUUCCCUUGGAAUUGUUUUCUCAUUUACAUAUUUCUCUUUUGCGGUUAGGAAAUUCGCGUUUGCGAACCUUUUUUUUUUGGGGAGAGGCCAUUCUUCCACUAUAUUUCUGUGUCUUGCAAGGAAAGAUACUGUGUGCUAAUGAUAAGAUGGAAUUUAAAUAGGCAUCUUUAACAAUUGUCUCUAUCUUGAAUUUGCAAUAAUACUCACAAUUUUCUGCUUC